AUGGCGAUAAGAAAUUUGAAUUUCUUUUUCCUAAUUCUAUUAUUAUUAUCAUCCAUCAGUGGAUUUAAUCUACCAGGAUUGGUACCUAAUGAAUUCUGUCGAUUUCCACUGCCAGAAUUACGAUGCAAAACUCAACUUGAAGUAUUUGUCAAUCGUCUCAAUUCAAUUGAAUCUGUAUUACCAUAUGAAUAUUCUUAUUUUCCUUUCUGUACUCUCAAUGAUGAACCACCAACAGUUGAAAAUCUUGGUCAAACUCUCGUUGGUGAACGGAUUCGACCAUCACCAUAUAAAUUUAAUUUUCUUCAAAACUCUAACUGCCAUCAUGUAUGCACAAAGAAAUUUACAUCAACUGAUGCUAAUCAACAAAAAAUGCUUAAACAUUUAAUGAAAGGAAUGAUUUUAAAUUAUCAACAACAGUGGAUACUUGAUAAUAUGCCUAUUACGUUAUGUUAUACAAAUAUUGAAAAUAAAGAAUUUUGUUCUCGUGGUUUUCCAAUUGGCUGUUAUGUAACUAAAAAUGGUCAAACAAAAGAAUCGUGUAAUAUUCGUGGUGGAAAAAAUGAUACAUUUUAUGUAUUUAAUCAUUUGGAUUUUGAAAUAACUUAUCAUAGUGAACUAGGUGAAACAUGGGGAAAUGCAUUUGCUGAAGAUAGUGGUCGAAUUAUUUCAGCGAAAGUACAAGUUAAUAGUUUCAAUUCAAAUAGAUGUGAUCGUACUAGUGAACCAGUUAUGUUUCAAUCGACAAGCAAAGGUGUUGAAAUUCCAUUUACAUACAGUGUAAAAUUUAUAAAAAAUAAUGAAAUAAAUUGGGCUAGUCGAUGGGAUUAUAUACUUAAAUCAUCAUCACCAACAGCACAUAUUCAAUGGUUUUCAAUUUUAAAUUCGCUUGUCAUUAUCUUAUUUCUUUCGGGUAUUGUUGCUAUCAUUCUCUUACGUAUACUAUGUAAAGGUUAUUCUCGUUGUAAUCAAUUAAUUGGUGCUGGUACUGCAAAAGAAGAAUUUGGAUGGAAACGGAUUGAUGGUGAUGUAUUUCGCCCACCACAAAAAGGUAUGCUUUUGUCUAUUCUUGUUGGUAAUGGUGUUCAAAUUGCAAUGACAUUUUUGAUCACAUUAGUCUUCGCUUCGCUUGAUUUUCUUUCACCAGCAAAACCUGGUGCUUUACUGACUUGUCUUAUUCUGUGCUAUGUUCUUUUGGGCACUCCAGCUGGUUAUACUUCAGCUCGUUUAUAUAAAAUGUUUGGCGGUGUAAAUUGGCAGAAAAUUGCUCUAACAACAGCUGUUAUAUGUCCAAGCUUAAUUUUUGCCGUUUUAUUUGUUUUAAAUCUUGUUCUUUGGAGAAAUGGUAGUUCAGCAACUAUUCCAUUAACCACAUUUUUAGCAUUACUUGCUCUCUGGAUUUGUGUAUCAACACCAUUGGUAUUCAUUGAAACUUAUCUUGGUUUCAAAAGUUCAGUUUUUGAAAAUCCUAUUCAAACUAAUCAAAUUCCACGACAAGUCCCUGAACAAGCGUGGUACGCUAAACCAUUAUUAGGUGUCUUAGCAGGUGGUAUUCUUCCAUUUGGUUGUGUUCUUGUUCAACUAUUUUUCAUCUUAAACAGUAUUUGGGCUCAUCAAUAUUAUAAUUUUUUUGGAUUUUUACUUGUCGCAUAUAUAAUUCUUAUCAUUACAUGUUCAGAAACAACAAUUCUUCUUUGCUAUGUUCAUUUAUGUACUGAUGAUUAUAAUUGGUGGUGGCGUUCAUUUUUAACAUCGGGUUUUACAGCUGUUUAUUUCUUUGUCUAUUCAGGUUAUUAUUUUACAACUAAAUUAGAAAUAUCUGAUAAAGCAUCAAUAUUUCUUUAUUUUGGUUAUACAUUAAUACUUACAUUUAUUUUAUUUUUAUUUACUGGUAAGUUAAAUAUUCCUGUAUAA